AAUGUUUUUGUCGUCGUCGGUACACACUGUUGUGAAGUUCGUGCUUUUGUAAUCUAAAAACACAUUUUAGUUUUAGUUUGUGUUUAUGAGAUUUUGAUGUUCAUCAAAGUGGAGUGCGAAAUAUUCGGAAUUAGUGGAAUUAUGAAGAAAAGUGUGUUUAUCGCUUUGUAGCGAUGUGUGAAAUUUGUAAAUUGAAUUGAUAGUGAUAUAAUAAAAUUCAUGGUGUUUCCGAUAUUGUUAGUGCCGUUUGUAAAGUAUAGUUCGAAUCAUAGGGUCCACAAACGAGGAGACGGAUUCUAUCAUGGUCGUAAAACGUGCUGCGGACAGUGCGGACUCACCAAUACUGGAGGAAGCUGGGGAGAGCGGCUCGGAACAGAAGCCAAAGCCUCUCAUCAAAUAUGGAGAACUCGUUAUACUCGGUUACAACGGAUACCUGCCUGCCGGAGAGCGUGGUCGGCGCCGCAGCAAGUUCGUGCUAUACAGGCGACCUUCAGCAAACGGCGUGAGGCGCUCCAAGCACUAUGUGGUCAAAACUCCCCACAGCAGCAAGGCAAUACUCGAUGCCAGCCAACACUCAAUAUCGUACACACUCAACCGCAGUCAGGCGGUUAUCGUCGAAUACACAGAAGACCCGGACACGGAUAUGUUCCAGAUCGGUAGAUCAUCAGAAUCACCGAUAGACUUCGUGGUGAUGGACACAGUGGCCGGCGACAAGAGCGGAGACACAAAAGUGCUGCAGAGCACAAUAUCGCGGUUCGCGUGCCGCAUCAUAGCUGACCGUAACGACGUCAACAACUGCCGCAUAUACGCAGCAGGCUUUGACUCCUCCAGAAAUAUAUUUUUAGGGGAAAAAGCAACGAAAUGGACAGAGAACCACGAAAUAGAUGGUCUCACGACAAAUGGUGUGUUGAUCAUGCAUCCGCGCGGGGACUUCUGCGGCGGCAGCGCCACCUGUGGCCCGUGGCGCGAGACUUCCGUCGGGGGCGCCGUCUUCUCGCUCAGGGAGAGCCGCUCUGCACAACAAAAGGGCCUACCCUGUCAAGCGGAGACAAAUGUCCUGAGAGACGGAACGAUGAUAGACUUGUGUGGCGCGACGCUGCUGUGGAGGAGCGCUGAAGGACUUAAAAACUCACCGACAAAACGCGAUCUCGAAGCUCUGGUGGACGAGCUGAACGCGGGCCGGCCGCAGUGCCCCGUGGGACUGAACACGCUCGUCAUACCGCGCAAGCUGUCCUCGGCCCAUCAGGAUCUCAACCAGCCCUACGUGUACCUUAACUGUGGACAUGUGCAAGGCGAGCACUCAUGGGGAGCAGAAGGCAGCGAGUCGGGGUCCCGGCGCUGCCCGAUGUGCCUGACGGCGGGGUCAGUGGUCCGCGUGUGCAUGGGCAUCGAGCCCGCCUUCUAUGUCGACUCCGGACCCCCCACAUACGCCUUCAACCCCUGUGGACACAUGGCUUCGGAGAGGACCGUCAAAUACUGGGCGAGCGUGGACAUCCCGCACGGCACGAACGGGUUCCACGCGAUCUGCCCCUUCUGCGCCGCGCCGCUGCAGGGCUCGCCCGGCUACGUGCGCCUCAUCUUCCAGGACAACCUCGACUGAAUCUCCGCACACGCACAGGUCGCCAGCGGCUUACUGACGUGUGCGUACAAAGUGCAUUAAGGACGUGUUACAUGACGGCAGGCGCCAGCCCCGGCCUCGUGACGAGACACUCGCUUGCGCAGCCCCGCGCUCCUCACACGCAUGGCCAGCCUCCCAGAGAGGCUGACCCAUGACAACUAGCGAUAUCACCCCACAUGUGAUUACACACACCCUUAGACAAUACAUUUAUUUAAAAUCUUUAUUUAUAAACUUUCCCCCAACAUAAACUUAUUUAUUACAAAACACUAAUUUCGCAAUUUCCAAUAAAAUAUUGUAUCAUCGAAUACUUAUUGAUAGAUAGAUUAUGAAUUGCGAUGUAUUUAUUAUAUUGCCGUUGUAUGCAAAUGUGUUACGUUCAUAAGUCUAUGUUUUCGGUGUCUGUAUGUUAACUUAAGGUUCAUUAUAAAUUGCGUAUAACUAUUAAUAUUUAUUUGUUGAACACAACAUGUAAGAUACUAUGGCGGAGAGAAAAUUCAUGAAAUAACAAAAAAUAUUUAAAAGCUUUGUACAUUGCUGUGCUGAUUUUAUUGCUAGAAUUAAUUAAUAAUUGUUGUAAUUAUGAAUGAACUGAAUUAUUUAAUUAAUAGAUGUUUCGUUUGAAACUUAUCUAGAAUAUAAUAAUUUUGAUUGCACACGCCUCUCAAUACUUUUAUGAAUCCACCUGUGCUUUUUACUCGGUACGACACUAUCUGACAGUUUGUGGCGGCCAUGUUUGGUGACAAACAAACAUUACGCUGAGGCCAACACAACGAGUCGAUAGUGUAGUACCAGCCCUAUUAAUAUAAGGUAAUCAAAUGUAAAUAUUCAAUGUACGUUCAUUUCUAUACAUGGUAGUUAGUAACUUAUGUUGGUUUCCGUAGCGUGUGAGCUGUCUAAUAGUUAAGUAUGAGCCAGCCUUUUACCGGUAGAUUCGUAUACUACUGCUCUAAGCUUCAAACACUAAGUUGAUAAUAUGUUUAAGAUACAAAUUAUUUUUCAAUAUGGUCUCAUUUCUUAUUUGACAAUCAACAUAUUGGGAUAUAUAUUAUAAAGUAUACACAUUACAUAGAGCAUAAGCAGUUAUAUUUUUUUCGAUUUGGUAAUCAGUUUAAGCAUCAACUAUUUUAAGAAUAUACUGUGGAUUGUUAUAUUAAGAGAAGGUUUGUAUUUGAGUGAAAUGUUUCUAUGUUUAAAUGGCUGUUAUGUCUAAAUAUAGAGGUCAACAUUGUCUGAUGUUGAUUGAUGUCAUAUGAUAUGUGAUCGCAGAAUGUCGACAAAAAGUGGAAAGAUGACUUAAAACUACGAUUAUUUAAAUUGAAUCGGAUAGAUAAAUCGGUUACAAUUUCGCAAUUGACUAAGAUUUGUGAGAAAAUCAAGGUUUAGCAAGUAACACACUAACCAGCAGUUGCACUAUGUUAAUGAGCUGUUCUAUCCGUCAGAUAGACUAUGCGUAACAUAAUCCUGUUGCUUUUCAGUGCGUUAUUUGCCGCACCACUAGACGUCAGUUCCUAUGACAUGUAAGAUAUUGUAUGUUGGACAUUGUUUCAAUCCAAAAUACAAUGUAUCUUACAAUAAUCGAAAAAAGUCCCAAAGUAAUUGCUCGCUCAAAUGCGAUCUCAACAUACAAAAUUCUGGCUUCAUAAGAAGCAGGUCUAAAUUUAAAGUCCAUCAUACAUGAGAGUGUAUAAAUAAUGUAAGUUUUAUAGAAGUAGCAAACGUUAGCUUACGGAGUAUGAAAAUUUAGUUUUUGUACAAUUCACUAGUUAGGGGUUACACGUAACAUUAUUGCCUUUGAGUGAUAAAUUACAAGACAAAAAACUAAUGUGUUAUCCAGAUGAAAUUGUGAACUAGAUACCGCAAGUGGAUUGCACAUCGUUGUUUUAGACUUUAAUCGUAAGAUUUUGGUAAAAAAUGAAUGCUUAUUUAAAAGUCGAUAUAAUGUAGUCGUUUAAAUCAGCGUAGAGAUGUUAUCAGCCAUGAUAUGAAGGAUGAUUUUCAAAUAAUUUUAUUAGUGUGGUUGCAUAAUCAAAAACCAUAAAGCUACUGAAAUAUUGGACCAUACAGUUUAACUUGUAGCAAUGGUAAUGUCUGUGUUAUAUUAUAAAGUUGCGUUUCUUGAUAAGAAUUUGAAUUAAUUAGCAUUAAUUUCAUUAGGGUGAAGAUGUUAUCUGGAGAAUGUAGUCACUCACGCUUUUAUUUCGACGAAUCGUCGCGACGUACUAAAGUUGUGUUUACGAGAUAACAGGAAAUUCCUCAUGUAUCUUUGUCAUUGCGACUAGUGUCUGACCGAAGGUCAAAGCGAAAGUCUUGUAGAUAUUUGAUAAUGCAACUAUGUACUUUCUAUUUAUUUACAAUUUAAAUAUAGAAAGUACCUAAAAAUGGACAAUUAACGUUGAAUAUCUACAAAGCUUACCUAAACGCCUUUGUUUGUAGUACAAUACAGUCUGCGUAACUUUAGUACGAAGCGCACGAUAAAUACACGUGAAAAUUAUUAGUGGUCAUAAGAACUGAAUGCUAGCCUUAAUUUUAUUUAUAAUGUGUACCUAAGUACUAGGGCUAACAAUAAAUCGCUCUUUUAGUUAGAAAAUUGA